AUGUCAUGCGAGAAGGCUGGAAGCGAUACUUGGGUAGCGCUUCAUAACGGGGCGUCCCUCAAGCUGGCUCGUGAGCAGCCUAUUCCUCCCGCAAGUCCCAUUCGGGACCUCAUGUUCAAGGUCGCUCGCGAGACCGCCACCAAGGCCACCCAAACGGUCAUGGUUGCUGGAAGCUCCCAGGACACAGAAGAUCUCAAAGAGCUUGACUGUAUCUCCUGGUCAAGUUGCGGUACUUGCGCUGGUGUUGCCAAGGAGCGCCAAUACGAGCGCAAGUACCGCAAGCCGCAUACAAAGGCAUCAGAAGUCGACCUCAAGCAGUUCGAGUUCCAAAACGAGCAGCCCAUUCUUCCUUCAACUGUUUUCUUUUUUGCUGGUCCGCACGUCAGCAGGGGAACCGUUCGGUCGGCACGAAGGGUCAAUAAAAGUGGUUUCUAUUGUUUCGUACGGGAGUGGAAGGAGAAGGAAGUGGACAGGGCCCACGAUUCCUGCAUUGGGUGUGGCUGGUGUCGGGCAUCAAAGAAGCACGCUCUCCUACAACGAAAAGUACGCACGCAACCGGAAGCAAGAGACAAAUAG